CCCGCGCGCGCCGCCGCCGCCGUGUCCCCGCGCCUCCAAGAUGCCCGGGCAGCGGCAGGGAGGCUCCCGCGGGCCGCCGGUUCCUGACCACCUUCCCUGGUUUUUGAUGCUGAAUCAGGAUUGUGUUAACUAAAGAUGGAAACACUGGAGUCAGAAUUGACCUGCCCAAUCUGUUUGGAGUUAUUCGAGGACCCCCUCCUGCUGCCCUGUGCCCACAGCCUCUGCUUCAGCUGUGCCCACCGCAUUCUGGUGUCCAGCUGCUCCUCCAGCGAGUCCAUCGAGCCCAUCACUGCCUUCCAGUGCCCGACCUGCCGCUAUGUCAUCUCCCUCAACCACCGGGGCCUGGAGGGCCUCAAGAGGAAUGUGACCCUGCAGAACAUCAUCGAUCGCUUCCAGAAGGUGUCCCUGAGCGGCCCCAACUCCCCCAGCGAGAGCCGCCGUGAGAGGACCUAUCGCAACAGCCCUACCAUGUCCGUGGCCGGCGAGAGGAUUGCCUGCCAGUUCUGCGAGCAGGAUCCGCCCCGCGACGCCGUCAAGACCUGCAUCACCUGUGAGGUGUCCUACUGCGACCGCUGCCUGCGUGCCACCCACCCCAACAAGAAGCCCUUCACCAGCCACCGGCUGGUGGAGCCCGUGCCCGACGCACACUUCCGUGGACUGACGUGCCUGGAGCACGAGAACGAGAAGGUGAACAUGUACUGUGUCGCUGACGACCAGCUCAUCUGUGCCUUAUGUAAACUGGUGGGCCGCCACCGGGACCACCAAGUGGCAUCGCUCAGCGAUCGAUUUGAGAAGCUGAAGCAAACCCUGGAGACAAAUCUCACCAACCUGGUUAAACGCAACAGCGAACUGGAAAACCAGAUGGCCAAGCUGAUACAGAUCUGCCAGCAAGUGGAGGUGAACACAGCCAUGCACGAGGCCAAGCUGAUGGAGGAGUGUGAUGAACUGAUGGAGAUCAUCCGCCAGCGCAAGCAGGUCAUCGCCGUCAAGAUCAAGGAGACAAAGGUGAUGAAGCUGAGGAAGCUGGCCCAGCAGGUUGCCAACUGCCGGCAGUGCCUGGAGCGCUCCACAGUCCUCAUCAAUCAGGCCGAGCACAUCCUGAAGGAGAACGACCACGCUCGGUUCCUGCAGACGGCCAGGAACGUGGCCGAGAGGGUCGCCAUGGCAACUGCAUCCUCUCAAGUCCUGAUACCAGAUAUCAAUUUUAAUGAUGCCUUUGAAAACUUUGCUUUAGAUUUUUCCAGAGAGAAGAAGUUGCUGGAGGGGCUGGAUUAUCUUACAGCACCAAACCCCCCGUCAGUCCGUGAGGAGCUCUGCACAGCCUCCCACGACACCAUCACCGUGCACUGGAUGUCAGAGGACGAGUUCAGCGUCAGCUCCUAUGAGCUCCAGUACACCAUCUUCACUGGCCAGGCCAACUUCAUCAGUCUCUACAACUCCAUGGACAGCUGGAUGAUCGUCCCCAACAUCAAGCAGAACCACUACACAGUGCAUGGGCUGCAGAGUGGCACCCGCUACAUCUUCCUGGUGAAGGCCAUCAACCAGGCAGGCAGCAGGAACAGUGAGCCUGCCCGCCUCAAGACCAACAGUCAGCCAUUCAAGCUGGACCCCAAGAUGGCUCACAAGAAGCUGAAGAUCUCCAAUGACGGGCUGCAGAUGGAAAAGGACGAGAGCUCCUUGAAGAAGAGCCACACACCAGAGCGGUUCAGCGGGACAGGCUGCUACGGCGCGGCCGGCAAUGUCUUCAUUGACAGUGGCUGCCACUACUGGGAGGUGGUGGUGGGAUCCUCCACCUGGUAUGCCAUUGGCGUGGCUUACAAGUCAGCCCCCAAAAAUGAGUGGAUUGGGAAGAACUCCUCUUCUUGGGUCUUCUCCCGCUGCAACAACAACUUCGUGGUGCGGCACAACAACAAGGAGAUGCUGGUGGAGGUGCACCCGCAGAUGAAGCGCCUCGGUGUCCUCCUGGACUACGACAACAACGCGCUCUCCUUCUACGACCCGGCCAACUCUCUCCACCUCCACACCUUCGAAGUCUCCUUCAUCCUGCCAGUGUGUCCCACCUUCACCAUCUGGAACAAAUCCCUGAUGAUCCUCUCGGGGCUGCCUGCCCCAGAUUUCAUCGAUUACCCUGAGCAGCAGGAGUGUAACUGCCGGCCCCAGGAGUCCCCAUACGUGUCAGGAAUGAAAGCUUGUCACUAGGCUGCCCAGGCCUGGCCAUGCCAAUGGGUGCAGGUGGCCAGAGCUGCCCACUGGCAGCCAUGCCAGAGAGCCACUGUGGCACCCGAGCAGUCGAGCACCAUCCACACCCAGCUCCAUCUUACUUUAAUGGAAAAAGUGGAAGAACCUCGAACCACAGCUGGAAAUGAACUGCUGUUGGUGAGCUCCAGGGUGUGCAAGAGUGGCUGGAGCAGCUCUUUGGCAGUUGCUCCCAUCUCUCCCCAAGAAGAUUGUCACCUGAAUGGUUCUGUCUUCCCUUGGGGGGCUGGAAAGGCCAGGGCAGGUUUCAGGGUGACCUGAGGUGCCAUGGUGGUCAGGGAAUGGCUUGCGCGUACCACGAGGCGCAGGUUGGGACAGGAGGGAUGGGCUUUGGAGCCAGCUGACAGCUGGUGUAGGGACCCAGAGCACUGAGCAGCACUUUCCAGGGAGGACUUUCCGUGUGGCUGAGGCUCGGUAGCUUCCCUGGUGGGAUGGAUAAAGCUUGGAGCCCUUGGGCUCGGUGGGCACUGGCAGUGGUUGUGUGGUGGGUGGUGGUGCUGUGGAGGGAGGGUGGUGCUCUGUGGGAGUGAAAAUGGCAUUGAGGGGGUUCCCAGUGGCCAUCCAUGCUACAGAUGGAAUGCUCCUGAUAAUUUUCAGGGUCCUGCAGUGGAGAGCCAUGGACCCCCAGCCCACCAUCUCCUCCUUUGAGAGCAUCCCAGUAACCAGGGAGGCCUGCAUCCUUGAAAAGUUUUGGCCCCUGGCACAGAGGUUUGGCAGCUGGUCCUUCCCAAUGCAGGAUCUGGCCAGCAGUGCCCUGCUCCACAUAGGUCUCCAUUUGUGUCCUGUCUGGCAUCCCAGCAGCAAAAACUCAUCUUCCUACUCUAAGCCCACAGUAGAGUUCUGCUCAAAGACUACCUCUAUGCUCUGUGACCCAAAAUCUCAAUUAAUGACACUGAAUCUUGACUUCUGGUUUGUUCUCCACCAUGCCAGGGGAUUGGACUGGGUGUAGUUUAAAGAUCCCUUCCAGCCCAAACUAUUCCAUGAUUCUGUGGUGGUGUGAGUGUGCAGCCAUCCUUUUUAUUCUAUGGCAGAGGACUGAGUCUGUCCCAGAGGCUCAGAGACCCUGGUUACUGGGAGCUCAUUUGGCUGUCUCCAGUACUCCCAGUAACCACAAGCAUCAAGUCCCCUGGGCAAGCUCCAGUCUCCAGAUAUAUUUAAGAGGCCAAGAUGAGCUGGGCUGGCACACAAUCCCUUGCCAAUUGCCCUGCCAGUCCUGUGGUUGCCACCAUGGGGGUCUGUGGCACAAUUUGGGGCCAGUGGGCGUGUGAGUGGCUUUGACAUUGUGAGGGCAAGAAUUUCAGGCAUUAUGGUGGCCCGAGGCAGCUGGUGCUUGGGCUUUGCUCUGUGAUAUUUGAAACCCCUUUUCCUUCUCUAGAUGUGGUACCUCAGUGGAAGUGGGGACCACUGAGCUGGGACCACCCAGCUCUGCCAGCCUCUCCCUGUGGAGCUUGCUGAUAGGGAACUACCCCUGCUUAUAUUUUCUUCUACAACAGGGAAACCCACCUGAUUGAUUCAGGGUAGC